UUUCCAAAGAUGCUCCUGCAGCAGGGAAGGAAUCUCCCAAGGCGGCUAAAGAAGAUAAAAAAGAAAAACCUGCUGAAGUAAAAAUUGAGGAGACUAAAUCUGAAGAACCAAAAAAAGCAUCAAAGUCUGAUGAAGGGGUAAAGGUAGACAGGAAACAAGUAAAACCAGAGGAAAAUGUAAGUAAGAAAAAUGCUGAUAAAGAUGAUGACUCUGAUGAUGAUAAAAAUGACGAUGAUGAUGAUAACGAUAAGAAAAACAUGAAGAAGGGUAAAAAAUCAGAGACAAAAAAACCAGAAGAAAUGCAAGAAAAGCAAGAAAAGCUGGUUGAGAAGCCAACACCAAAACCAUCAGGAAAUAAGCCUGAGUCUAAGCCAGUAGAGAAGAAAGCUCCACCUCCUCCUAAGCCUGUAGAAAGUCACAAAGCUAAACCUACUCUUAAACCAGCAGAGAAGAAGCCUGCAAAGGCAGCUCCAAUCUCUGUGGGAGGAAAGUUUGUUGUUACUGUUGGUGAAGGAGGUUGCAGAGGUAAAGAAUGGGGAAAAGCUCCUUGGCCAGUUGAUGCGGGUCGUUUGACCACAGAGCAAUGUGCCAAAUCCUGCUUGGAGAAAUCUUGCACAGGAUUCCAUAUACUGAAGGAGAAGGAUGAAACAUUUGAAUGCCUUCUCUUUGGCCAUAAUGAUGUUCUAGCCGUAAAAAGUCUUGGAGGAAAAUGCCUCAAACUUUCAGAUACCCCUUCAGAUGAAUCUGAUGCUGAUGCUGAAGAGGAUGAUGAAGAAGAGCUUGAUGUCCAAGGUCCUGUUCAUAUGGCCCAUUUAGGCAAGGGAAGAUGUAGAGGAGAAGGUUGGACCUACAAGAGAUGGCCUACAUUAAAAGGAUAUUUGACAGCAAAACAAUGUGCAGAGGCUUGUGCAAGAAAAAAAGGAUGCACAGCGUUUGAUCUUAGUGAUGAGCAAUCUGAAAGAAAAUUUGAAUGUGCCCUUUAUGGUCAUAAAAAAGUUCAAGCUGCAUAUGGAGUCCCUGGAAACUGCUAUGUGCUUUCAGAUAAACCUGGAGUUGUACCUGAAGAUGUUGGAUCUGCAGCAGUAGUGGAAGAAGAAGAAGUAGAGGAAGAGCUCCCAGUCAAGGGUGAAGUUGAAUACUAUCAACUUGGAAAAGGCAGAUGUAGAGGACCUGGAUGGACAUUUAAGAAAUGGCCUGUCAUUAAAGGAAAUAUCAGCCCUAAGGAAUGUGCUAUAAAUUGUGCUAAGAAGAAAGGAUGCACAAGCUUUGACAUAGGACUAGUUGCAGAAGGACAAGAAGAAUGUGCACUUUAUGGACAUAAGGAUGUUACUUCUGCUUAUGGAGUCCCAGGGGACUGCUACAAGCUUGGAAAAUCAGAUAGUCCUGAUGAAGAAAAACAAGAACCUGAGGAAGAAGAAGUAGAUGAUGGAGUGACUCACAAGUUUCGCCAUUUGGGACACGGAAUGUGUAGGGGUGCACAUUGGCAAGGAAAAAAAUGGCCUGUUCUCAGGGGCAUCAAGUCCCUACAGGAAUGUGCAAAUGCUUGCGGAAGAAAGGCUGGCUGCACUGCUUUUGACACAUCAAGGCCAGAAGGGAAUUUGUUUGACUGUAUGCUGUACGGUCAUAAAAACCCUGUACCUGCACCAGGAGUACCUGGGGAGUGUUAUACUCUUAUUGGAGCCAAGUUCAUUGAAGAGGUUAUUGAAGCUACCCAACCUGAAACCAGAUCAAGAGCUAAGAUACUUGAUGAAGAUGAUCAGGAUUUUGUCAACAUCAAGAAUGUAGAGCUGCUUGGGAAGGGUGCUUGCCGAGGACAAGGUUGGCAGUCUGGUCAGUGGCCUGUAUCCCAGGGACGAAAAACCUUGAAGGACUGUGCAGAAAGCUGUAAGAAAACAACAGGCUGUGUUGCAUUUGACUUAUCUAACAAGGAAAGUGACAAAUAUGAUUGUCUACUGCUGGGACACAAGGAUGUUCUACCUGCCAGUGGACUAGCUGCCAAGUGUUUUAUUAUUCAAGGAGCUGUUCCUGUGGAAUCUACCCUAAUCACUCAUGAUGCUCCUAAAGGAGCAAAAAAGGUCAUCAAGGACAAUUACCCAGGAAGUGGCCAUGGUUAUGAGAAACUUGGUUCUGGUUUAUGUCGGGGGACAGGAUGGCAAUCAUCUGGAUGGCCAAUGGACAAAGGAUUGAAGACUAUGAAGGAGUGUGCAGAAAUUUGUACAGCACAGAAGGGUUGUAAAGCAUUUGAUCUUUCAAGCAAGGAUGGUAGUAAAUUCUCUUGUCUACUGUUUAAUCACAAAAAUGUUUCCCCUGCAUCUGCCUUAGAUGGAGCAUGCUAUGUAGCCAGUAAUAUGGACACACAAUCAGAAGAGUUAAAGGAUGAUGUUGAUGAGGAAGAAGAGGAGGAUGUUAUUAUUGACCUUGAGGGAGAUGUUGAUGUUGCUCUGCUAGGAAAAGGUGGAUGCCGUGGAGGAGGUUGGACUGAGAAUGGAUGGCCUAAAGUCAAAGGAUUUGUGACUGUGGAUGAAUGCGGAAAGCUGUGUGUGUCAACUAAGGGUUGCACUGCCUUCCACAUUGGCUAUCCUAAGGAAGGGUCAAAGAGUGCAUUUGAAUGUUUCCUCUUUGGGCAUAAGAGUGUUGUACCAGCAACUGGACUGAUUGGAAACUGUUACACAGUAGCCUCUGGGAGCUCUAAGGUUAUUAAGAGUAAACAUGCCAAGGAAACAACUAAACCUGAGAAGAAGAAAAAGCAGAAAAAAUACAAAAUUCCAGAGUUUGAAGAGCCUAAAGUCAUUGAAGAUGAAUUUGAUGAUGAUGAUGAUGAAUGGCUGUUUGAGCCCCCACCUGCAGAGAUAAGAUCUCGUGAACAUAUCACGCAGAUUCUUGGACUUGACCAACCAAACAAUGAUGCAGUUCUGAAGGUGACUGAAGCUACCCUAAAAGAUCUGAAGAAGGUUUAUGAGAACUCCAUUAAGGAGUUGGAAAAGUCAUACAAGUACAAAGAAUUGAGCAAUCGCCAUUUUGGAGAUCCUGAAAUUUUCAACAAACCUCUGAUUGUAUUGAUGGGUCCAUGGUCUGGAGGAAAAUCAACCAUCAUUAACUACCUGCUGGGAACUGAGUAUACCAAAAAUGCGUUUAGAUCUUCUGCUGAGCCUUCUCCAGGAUUUAAUUUCAAUAUUGCCAUGUAUGGUGAUGAGGAGGAAGAGAUUGAUGGAACACAGAUGUCAGCUGAGUGGGCGUUCAGUAGUCUCCAAAAGUUUGGUCAAGAGUUUCUUAAAAAACUAAGGGGAAAGAAAAUGCCUAACAAGCUUUUAGAGAAGGCCACUUUUGCUGAGAUUCCUGGAGUUCUUGAGACUGGUACUAUCAGGAAGAUUGAUAGAAGAUAUCCCUUUAAUGACGCCUGUCAGUGGUUUAUUGAUCAUGCUGAUCUGAUUGUUCUUGUGUACGACUACUCUAAGCUAGAUAUAGGACCAGAGACUGAAGCUCUCCUUGAUCAACUCAAGGGAAGAGAACAACAGGUUCGUAUUCUGUUGAAUAAAGCUGAUGAAAUCACUGCUGAGGAACUACUGAAGAUCCAGGGUAACCUGGUCUGGAACGUUUCACCCCUGAUGGCGAGCGCGGAGCCUCCAACUCUAUACGCUGGGAGCUUCUGGUCAAAACCUUACAAGGCUGGAGCACCUAAAAGAUUGUUGAAAGCUCAGGAACAGUCUCUUCUCAAGGAUAUAAGAGAGGCUAUUGAUAAAAGAGUGGAGAACAGAAUAUCAACUGCCAGGAGGUUUGCUGUGCGUGUAAGGAACCAUGCUAAGAUGGUGGACUGCUACCUCACCACCUUCAAGAACAACAAGGGGUACUUCGGGGACAAGAAGAAGAUAGCGCAGGAUAUAAUAGACAACCCCAGCAAAUACCAUAUCUACGAGGGUCUAUCAACAUUAACAAAUAUCUCUAGAUAUGAUCUACCGGAUCCGGAUACUUACAGGGAUUUCUUCAACGUUCACCCACUGUUUGAUUUUGACACUUUACAAAGUACAUGUACUUUCUUCAAGGGAUGUCCUCUGAAUAAGCUUGAUAUUGCAAUUGCUUAUGAUCUUCCUGAUAUUCUAACCAGCUAUAAGAAGAAAGUACAUCUAGCUCUAAACCCGCCUCAAGUUACGAUCAAGGAGACAAAACAGAAGUCGAGUAAGAAAUGAGGACGGAGGAGAACUGAUCAAAAUCAAACUGGAGACUCUCAGUGAUAGAUAAUAGACGAAUAAAGGGACUGAUCCUAAUUUUAAUUCUAAUUACGAAUCCCAGAUUUAAUAGAUUUCACAAUUAACAAAGAUCCAGGAAUCGAUCCCUUUAAAGACCUAAUUAUGAUUUAAGUUUUACUAUGGUUCCUUGUUGCACUAAAUAUAAUAUAGUCUAAUUUAAAAAUGUGCUAAAAUAAUGUUACUUGAUAAUAAUAAUAAAUCAUUUGUUACA